CAAUUUUUUUUUUCAGGCUCACAUUAAAUUUCCUAUUGACUAUCCAUACUCACCACCUACCUUCAGAUUUCUGACCAAAAUGUGGCAUCCCAACAUUUAUGAGAAUGGAGAUGUAUGUAUUUCAAUUCUUCACCCACCUGUAGAUGACCCACAAAGCGGAGAGCUGCCAUCUGAAAGGUGGAACCCUACCCAAAAUGUCAGGACUAUCUUACUGAGUGUAAUCUCCUUGCUUAAUGAGCCUAACACAUUCUCUCCUGCCAAUGUGGAUGCAUCGGUCAUGUUCAGGAAAUGGAGGGACAGUAAAGGAAAAGACAAGGAGUAUGCUGAAAUCAUUAGGAAACAGGUUUUGGCAACUAAAGCUGAGGCAGAGAAGGAUGGCGUGAAGGUCCCCACUACGCUGGCAGAGUACUGCAUCAAAACUAAAGUGCCUUCCAAUGACAACAGUUCGGAUUUGCUUUAUGAUGACUUGUAUGAUGACGACAUUGACGACGAAGAGGAGGAGGAGGAGGAUGCUGACUGUUAUGAUGAUGAUGAUUCUGGCAAUGAGGAGUCGUGACCUGCUCCUGCUAUGCCCCGGUACUGCUGUGUGGACUCAGGCAAGAAGGGAGCAGCGGUAACCUAGCAGCAGCCCAGCAAAAAA